ACCACAACAAGAAUAUGGCGCUGCUUCAGUGGCGUCGCUUUAAUUUCUUUGAGAAAGAGCUCACAAAAAAUGCCGGAACGAAACAGCCUUGGAAUUUGCUACAGGAUGUGGACAUUGUUGCUUCAACAAGUGGAAGAGGACAGUUAAUAUUUGGAGAUUCGCAAGGAAACAUAUUUUUUCUUGACCGAAGUUUAGAAUUGUCAAGUUUCAAAGCUUUUGAGCUCUGUGUUUCGUUUCUGUGCCAACUACGGCAGCACAACAUUCUUGUCUCGAUUGGAAAAGAUGAAGCUGGAGUCAACCCACUGAUCAAAGUAUGGAAUUUGGACAAGACCGACAAGAUGGGCAAUCCACCUUGCAUGAGGAUAACUCGAGCCAUUCCUGGAAACAAUCCAGUUGAGGUUUCAUGUUUGGCUGUUCUUGAAAACCUGACGCAAAUGGCAGUUGGUUUUGAAGAUGGAAGUGUUGUUGUUUAUAAAGGAGAUGUUACUAGGGAUAGACAUAGUAAGCAUCGUCUCAUUCACCAUGACAACUAUCCAGUUACGGGUUUGGCAUAUAAACAAGUCAAAAACCAAGUCAUUUUGUUCGUAACAACAACUCAAUCAAUACUUUCCUACAAUACGUCUUCAAAGGAUCGAAAGGAAGUCUUGGACAUGCAUGGCUGCAAUCCCAAAUGCUCGGUUCUUAGCGAUAUCUCUCAAGAAAGUCAGUUUAUUUAUGUCGUUGGCAGAAAUGAGGCUUUGUACUUUUAUCAACCGGAUUGCCGUGGCGCUGUGUUGCCAUUUGAGGGAGAGAAACAAUUGAUUUCAUGGCACAGAGGGUAUCUGGUUGUUGUUGGAAACGAUAUGAAAGGAAUCCCGGGACAAAGCUCCUCAAGACAAAUGAACUUGGUGACAAUUUACGACAUACAGAAUAAGUUUAUCGCCUUUUCUGGUCCUAUUCCUGGCGUGGCGGAUGUUCUAAGCGAGUGGGGAUCCUUGUACAUCUUGACUUCGGAAAAUACAUUGUAUCAUUUCCAAGAAAAAGACACGCAGACCAAACUCGAAAUCUUGUUCAAGAAAAAUCUAUAUGCUGUCGCCAUCGACUUGGCAAGAAGCCAAAACUUCUCAGAUGGCCUCAUGGACAUAUUCACGCAAUACGGAGAUCACUUAUACAGUAAAGGUGAUCAUGAUGGCGCUAUGAAGCAAUACAUAAGGACAAUAGGACAUCUUGAACCAUCGUAUGUCAUCAGAAAGUUUCUAGAUGCUCAAAGAAUUCAUAAUCUUACGGCGUAUUUACAAGCUUUGCACCAUAUGAAUUUAGCAAACACUGAUCACACAACACUUUUGCUCAAUUGCUAUACAAAACUAAAAGAUCGCUCGAAACUAGACGAAUUCAUUAUGACCGACAGAGAAUUAAAUUUUGAUGUGGAAACAGCGAUAAAGGUCUGCCGACAAGCGUGUUAUUUUGAUCAUGCCUUGUAUUUGGCCGAGAAAUUUUCUCAAAACGACUGGUAUUUGAAAAUACAACUGGAGGACAAUAAGGACUACCAGAAGGCUCUGGACUAUAUAGGCAAACUGGAGUUUCCUGCGGCAAAAUACAACCUACGAAACUAUGGCAAAACUCUGAUGCAAGCCGAACCAGAUAAAACGACAGAACUUUUGAAACUGCUGUGUACUGAUUAUCGCUCAAGUGAAAGUCCACUGGUGGACGAUAUUGAUAUGUCAGGCAAGCCACGCAAGAUCCUACGUGCCGAACCAGAAACUUUCAUCCACAUUUUUGUCCACCAGAAAAACCAAUUGAUCGAGUUCCUUGAACACAUGACCAAGGUGCGAGAGAAAUCUUCCACAAUGGUUUGCAGCACACUCUUGGAACUUUAUCUCAACAAAGCGAAGCACUGUAAAGACAAAUUGGAUGAAGUCGAACCUUUGACCAAAGCCCUCGCGCUGUUACAAAAUGUCGAGGGAAAAUACGACAUCGACAACGAUCACGCUAUGGUUCUUACACAAAUGCAUAACUUUAAAGCUGGUAUCUUACUGCUUUACGAGAAAUCCAAACUGUUUCCUCAAAUACUUCGCUAUCACAUGGAACACGACGAACAUGCGAACGUGAUGGAUACGUGCAGGAACUACGGUUUUCAAGAUCCCAACCUGUGGGUUCAGGCGUUGUCCUAUUUUGCAGGCAAGGAGGAAGAUUGCAAGGAUUACAUUAUGGAGGUCCUGACGCACAUCGACAAACAUAAUUUACUUCCACCGCUUCUUGUACUACAAACUCUUGCUCACAACUCCACCGCAACUCUGUCUGUCGUCAAGGAUUACAUCGUCAAACGUUUGCAACAAGAGGAUGAACAGAUAGCCCAAGAUGAACGCCUCAUACGGCAGUACAGGGAGGAAACGGAAAAAAUGCGAAAUCAAAUCAAAGAUCUUAAGACGAGCGCAAUCGUAUUCCAGUCGGCCAAGUGUAACCUUUGUUCCAGACCUCUUGAGCUGCCGGUUUUACACUUUUUCUGCCAACACUCAUUCCACACAGUUUGUUUCGAAGGAUACGCGGACAAGGACGAAGAAUGUCCGAUUUGUGCUCCUGAAAAUAAAAAAGUUCAGGACAUAAUUCGUUCUCAAGAAGAAAUGAAAGAUCUUCAUGAUCAAUUUCACAAUCAGCUUGAAAGAGCAAAUGAUGGAUUCUCUGUUGUGGCAGAUUACUUUGGUCGUGGGGUAUUUAACAAAGUAACCAUAGUUACCGACCAGACCGGUAAAAAAGCGAAGGGGCUACCAGAAUACGACGAACAAACGCAAAGAAAUUUGUUGAUGUCAAACUCACCUGGUAAUCCUUUCUUGUAACGUAAUAUAACUGAUGUGAACCGGCAAACAAGGAUUAAUCUCUCGUUCAAGUUCCGGUGCCUCGUUGGCACAGAGCUUGCCCAAGCGCUAAUGAUGGCUUUUAAUAAAAUUGAAAAAGACAGCUGAUGAAAUCAAAAUCUAGAUAUGAAAACAAUUAGUUUCUAACGAAAACAAAAAAGUGUAAUUAAUGAAUUAAUAUGAUUUUCAUUCAAUACAAUGAAUAC